UUCUAACGGAAACGUCGGUUUCUCAAAAACUGAAGAGUUUUAGUUCAUUCAUUUUGUUCGGAUUUUUAGUGGCGGUUUCCAAGAUGCCAUUAAAAAAAAUGGAUUUGUAUGUUUAAUUCGAGCAUGGUAUUAUUAAGGUUCGGCAUUUCUUGGAUGAAUAACUUUAAACCCGUGGAGAUUGUUUAUGUUGUUUUUCAACAAACGAGACAGAACCUACCUUAUUUUAAAUCACUGUCGGAGACAACGAUGAAGCGAACGAGACUUGCCUUAAGAAGCAACAAAGCUAGCAAUGAUGUUAACAAUAAACUACCCAAAGGGGCAUCUAUUGAAAAACAGCCAGAAAAUGAAGACAAUACACAGGACAGACUCGCAGAUCAACAAGGAAACCAUGAAGAUAAAAACAUAAAAACUCUCAUGAAUGAUGAAACCACUUCGAAGAAAAAAUUAAAACUUAAAAAACUUUUGCAGGAAAGAGACUCAAGGAAUGAAGACUUCAAGCCAAACGUUUUAACUGUAAAAGGCAGACCACGAGCAGUCGUCGAUUUAGAGACAAUGAAAAAAGAAUUAAAGCAAUUGGAAGAUCCACCAAUAACAAAUACAGAGAAGCAACUAAGUUCCUUAAGGCUUCCGCUUUCAUUUUACGACAUUCCUUGCGAAGAGCUGGCUCAGAAUUUACUCGGAAGAGUGUUGGUUCGUCGCCUUGAGAAUGGCACGAUCCUUAAAGGAAGAAUUGUCGAGACUGAAAGUUACUUAGGAGGUGUAGACAAGGCCUCACAAUCAUACCUAAAUAGAGUUACUCCUAGAAACUUACCGAUGUACAUGCAGCCAGGAACAAUAUACGUUUACCUUACUUAUGGGAUGUAUCACUGCUUCAACAUAUCGUGUCAGGAGCCUGGAACAUAUGUACUGGUUCGAGCGGUAGAGCCGAUAUGUAACCUCCAAUAUAUGGAACUACUUCGAAACACUCGGCUGAAAGUUGACAGACAGGAGAAAGAAAUGGUGCAAGAUGUCGGCACCAUAGAUUCUACUGAGCUUUGCAACGACCCAUUUAAGCUUUGCACAGCCUUCUUUAUCGAAAGGGACGCUUUAAACGGGAAAGAAUUGCAAUCUAGUACCGAGAUUUGGCUAGAAAGAGACUUACUCUAUAAAUCAGUAACCAUAGUGUCAGCUCCUCGAGUGGGAAUUCCUCCCUCCGAAGAGGCUUACGAGAUCAAUCUCUCGCGAUUUUACAUCUUAGGCAAUGCCUGCGUCAGUCAAAGAGAUAUUCCUUACGAAGAUCGAGCUUACAAAUUACAUUUUUAAAGUGAACGUACACUGAUUGAUCCCUUCACCAAGAAACAAAUGAGUUAAAACAUGUCUAUGUAUGCCCAAGC